AUGUCAAUUUCAAAAAGUGAAACAGAUGUUAUCCUGAACCGAGCAAACGUUGCUUUAGCUCGUAGCCAGCGACUCGUCGCCUCCUGGCUUCCUCAGAAGACAAACGAAGAGCUUGCAAAUGUUAAGUCUGAAGAAGAACUUCAGAGAGAGGAAGAUGAGAUCUUCACCGCUGUUCCCGAGACUCUUGGAGUAGGAGCACCUCUCCCGAACCGCUCCGCAGACGGAAGCUGGAAUCGCACUGAACUCAGUUCCAACGAGAAGCUGAGAAAGCAACUCCUUGGACGGAACUAUGAGAAAGUGAAGAAGGCCACGGCAGCAGCAGCAGCAGCAAAUCAUGUGCAGAAAACGAGCGGAGCCCCCGUUUCACGACCCGGUGACAAUGAUGACGAUGACGACGAUAACGGGCGGACAACCAUGCUGGGCGGGAAGAAGAGAAAAAUCACUGAUACAACAAGUGAGAACUCACAGGCUGGACUCAAGCAAGGAACGGAAGGAGACAACGUGCAGGAUGAACCGUCUUCAACGUCUACCAAACCUGAGACAGCGGCAGUUCCGUCGAGAAGGAAAAAGAAAGCCACUAGCUUCCUAGAUGAAAUCCUUGCCGACAGGUCAAAAAAGAGAAAGAAGAAAUGA